AUGGUUGUCUUGAUCCAGCCCAAGUGGCCCCAAACCCUCGCCGACCUCCAGGCCUGCCUCUCGGCCCCCCUCGGCUCCUGCACGAGCUGUCAGGGCCGCUCGAAGACAAAGCCCACCUGCAAGAACCCCAUCAGCAAGAACUCCCGCGAGAGGAUCUCGUCGGUGGUUCUCGACAUCCUCGACAGCGGGAGCCUGUCCUCUGCCGCGCGGCACCUUGAGCGCCUCGCCUCCCUGGUGCUGUGCAGGAGAUGGCACCAGAAGCAGGCCGCAGACAAGACAGCCGAGUGGGAACGGCGCAUACGGGAGUUCCUUGAGCUAAAGGGGGACGGGGAGCAAGAAGGCGGAAAGGGGGAAGCGAAAGCGGAGUCCGAGGGACGGAGAUCGAGGACGGCCACAGUCUCAGUGAAGGCAACAGGGAGCUAUGUUGCCAAGCCGUCGAAUACCGGCCGACUGUCAGUUGCUGAUGGUGUCGAUUUGAAGCCCGUAAUGGAAAAGCGGCUUCUCAGUUUGGUGGUAAAGCACGAGACCGUCAAGGAGGAAGACGACGAAUACAAGCCCAGACUCGAAAGCAUCCCCUUCAACCCCCUGCCUAGCAAAACAGCCAUCUACCCAAGCCCUGUCAAAAAGCCGACCGUCCAUACCUUCACUCCAUACUACCAACGGCCCUUAUCCACUAGAGAAAUAAACAUCGCCAUUAUCGAGAAGCUCCUCGCCCCCGAGGAGAAGGCGGUCGGCACGGGCUACAUCUAUGGUUACAAGCUCCCCAAAGCCCAUACAACAGCCUUGGGGACCGAUACUGACCGGAUGAUCAAGAUCGGAUACACCAAAAACUGCAAACGGCGCAUGCAGGAGUGGCAGUCCAAGUGCCACUACAUCCCCGACGUCGUCUUCGCCCCCCCGGCUCUGCACUAUAUCAAGCUGGAGAAGGUCGUCCACCUGCACCUUGCCAACGAGCGGCGGUGGGACAUGAAGUGUGCCGGCUGCCGCGCUGAAAACGGGAAGACCACGAACCACAAGGAGUUCUUCGAGGUCGACGCCGAGAAGGCGCGGGCAGUGGUGGGGAUGUGGGCGGCGUGGGCGGACCUCAGGCCGUUCGACCAGGAGGGGCGGCUCACGGCGUACUGGGCGGCGAGGCUGGAUGCGCUGGACCUCGACGACGACGGGUGUUGGGAUAAGUUCGUCCUGGCCAAGGGCAAGACGAAGAAGGCUGGGUCGAAACUGGUGGCCGAUGGCGGGGUCGCUUGA